AUGGGGAAGCAGUCCAAAGCCACCAAAAAGUUUGAAAAGAGGAAUCUCAAAGGCACCAUCGAGCGGAGAAAAGAGUUUGCCAAAAUUAAACAGAGGCACCAGCAGAAGGAGAAAAAGAAGCAGAGGGCAGCCCAAAGAGCGCAGAAUGCGGAGGACGAAGAGAGUGCAGACGAUACAAACGAAGCCCAGGAUGGACCCGACAUGAAUGAAGAUGGGUUCUUCCAAGAGGUGCUAGAUAUCCCCGAGGAGAAGAAGAAUUCCCAAUCAAAAGCUGCCAAGGGCAAACGCAAGAGAGAUGACGGCGGCGAGACUACCGAAGCACUAUCCUCAGCAGAUGAAGACUCGGAUGAAGACGCACUUGGACACAAGGAUCAACUGGCGUCUUUGGCAGAGAAGGACCCGGAGUUCUAUAAAUACCUUCAAGAGAAUGACGCCGAGUUACUUGAUUUUGAUGAUGACGACGACCUGGCAGCAGUCGACGACCUCAGUGAGGAAGAACCGCCGACAAAGAAGCAAAAGAAAAGCGGUGUUGGCGCCGAUGAUGAGGAGGCUCCUCCAGACGACGUGACCCUGGACAUGGUCAAGAGAUGGAAAUCAUCCCUCGUCGAGCAGCAAUCUAUCAGGGCACUGCGCCAAGUCGUAUUGGCCUUUCGCGCUGCCGCUCAUGCUGAUGAUGAGGAGGACAAGACGUACAAAUACAACAUCGCGAGCCCAGAGGUCUACCACGAGGUGUUGAUGACAGCGCUCAAACAAGUGCCGGUGGUACUCUCACACCAUCUCCCUGUAAAGGAGUCUUCCGGGGGCAAAGUACGUGUACCGACGGAUUCACCCAAAUUCAAAACUCUGUUACCCCUGAUCAAGUCUCAUACGUCGUCACUACACUAUCUCCUCGGACGAUUAUCCGACUCCAAGACUCUCAGACUGACCCUGCAAUCUUUCGAGCCAAUGUUGCCGUAUCUGCUCCAGAUACGCAAGUCUCUCAAGGUGAUCAUCAAGGCAGUCGCUUCAAUCUGGUCGGAUAACUCUUCGGAUGAGGCCACUCGCAUUACCGCUUUCUUGAUCAUCCGUCGUUUAAUGGUCAUUGGUGAUGCCGGUAUACGGGAAACUGUUCUGAAGUCGACGUACGAAGGGGUUGUCAAAGGCAGCCGAAACACCACUAUCCACACUCUUGCAGGUAUUAACCUGAUGAAAAAUUCCGCUGCAGAGAUAUGGGGUAUCGAUCAAAAGGUUAGCUACACUGCUGGCUUUACAUUUAUUCGACAAUUGGCAAUUCACCUACGCGGAAAUAUCACCAAGCCCACAAAGGACUCUUACAAGACUAUCUAUAACUGGCAAUUUGUUCACUCAUUGGACUUCUGGUCUCGUGUUCUAUCAACACACUGCAACUCUUUGCUUGAGGCUCAAAAUGGCAAACCAUCACAACUACGACCGUUGAUCUAUCCCCUAGUACAGGUAACUCUAGGCGUGAUGAGAUUGAUCCCGACUUCGACAUACUUCCCUCUUCGAUUUCAGUUGAUGCGUUCGUUGCUUCGCAUUUCCCAGGCUACGGAGACGUACAUUCCCCUGUCGGCUGCUCUUCUGGAAGUGCUGAACUCGGCUGAGAUGAAAAAGCCCGCCAAACCUGCGACAUUCAAGCCUUUAGACUUUGCUUCGAACAUCAGAGCCCCAUCGUCUUAUUUGAAGACGAGGGUGUACCAGGAUGGCGUUGGCGAGCAAGUAGUGGAAUUAUUUUCUGAGUUCUUCGUGCUAUGGGCGAAGAGCAUUGCCUACCCUGAGCUUCAGCUUCCGGUCGUCGUCAUGCUGAAGCGUUGGUUGAAGACAGCUUCAACCCCGAGUGGGAACAAGAAUGGCAAGCUUAACCAAGCACUGCUCCUUCUAGUACAAAAGUCAGAGGCCAACUCGCGGUGGAUUGAGGAGCGACGAAACAAAGUCAGCUUCUCGCCCAAAGAUCGGACGGAAGUCGAAGGAUUCCUCAAAGACGUCCAAUGGUCAGAUACCCCUCUUGGAGCCUUUGUUGUGUCACAAAGAAAGCUAAGGGACGAACGAAAGAAGGUUCUGGAUCAGGGAAGGAAAGAACACGAGAAACGACGCGCGGCUCAGGAAGAAGACGAGGAAGAAAUUGACACUGUGUGA